GCUAGCUAGCUAGCUAGCCCACAUGGGCUUUGAUCAUAAAGCUUGGAGAUUCCUUUCUUGUCAGAAAUCACUUCCCUAAGUUCACUCGCCGCUUAAAAUGGUGCUAUAUAAGUUUCCAACCAAGAGUGACACAAACCAAGAGUUUCACAAAAUGGAAAGUGGAGUAAAAGGUCUAGAAUUCAAAGAUGAGCCAAGAGAUGCUUACAAGGUUGCUUACGUUAUUCACUUCUUGCUCGGAGCAGGCAAUUUGCUUCCUUGGAAUGCAUUCAUCACUGCUGUUGAUUACUUUGGCUAUCUCUAUCCAACCAAGCAUGUCGAGAAGGUCUUCUCCGUAGCUUACAUGAGUUCUUCAGUGCUAGUUCUGCUUGUAAUGAUGACUUGGGGUUGCUGGUGGGAGAAAAUGAGCCCUAGGCUCAGACUCAACUUGGGUUUUUUUAUGUUUAUUCUCUCGUUAACCGUGGCUCCUAUCACAGAUUGGGCUAGUUAUCUCAGUACUAAUGCAGCUUAUGGUGUAACAGUUGCAUCAGUUGUAAUAUGUGGCUUAGCUGAUGGCUUGGUAGGUGGAAGCUUAAUGGGAUCAGCUGGAAAGCUUCCCAAAAAGUAUAUGCAGGCUGUUUUUGCUGGCACUGCUUCUUCAGGUGUUAUAAUUUGUGUCCUGAGAAUUUCAACAAAGGCAAUGGUUCCACAGACCCCAAAAGGACUUAAAACAAGUGCCCACUUGUAUUUUAUUGUCAGCAUCAUUAUACUCCUAUGCUGCAUCCUUUGUUCCAACUUGCUAUACAAGCUGAGAGUCAUGCAGGAACACUGCAAACUUGUUCAAGAUCAAUCCUUUUGCUGCUCAUCAAGGCCGAAAUUUUGGGCUGUGGCGCAAAAAGUUCCCGGGCCAGCUUUUGGGAUCUUCUUAAUCUAUACAGUGACUCUGUCAAUCUUUCCAGGAUUUAUAGCUGAAAAUUUGGAAUCCAAGCUUCUUCAAGAUUGGUAUCCCAUUUUGCUUAUCACAGUGUACAACUUUGCGGAUUUAGUAGGUAAAUUUUUGACUGCAGUGUACCUUCUGAAGAGUAUCAAAAAGGCAACAUGGGCUUGUGUUACCAGACUCUUAUUCUAUCCAAUCUUCACUGCUUGCCUCCAUGGACCAACAUGGCUGAAAACUGAAGUUCCUAUGAUCUUCCUCACAUUUAUGCUUGGAAUGUCCAAUGGUUACCUCACAAGUGUCAUCAUGAUGACAGUACCAAAACUAGUACCUGUUCCAGAAGCAGAACUAUCUGCAAUUGUAAUGGUUGUGUUCCUUGGAGUCGGGUUGGUUAGUGGUUCGGUUCUAGGCUGGUUCUGGAUUUUAUGAGCCUCAUUCAUUAGUGUAUUUACUUUGUAUUUCCAUUUUUAGAAAUGCUAAAAUCCUGUCUAUGUAAGCCUAUACCAACGUAGAAUACUACUAUUGUGAAAAAAAAAAAAAAAAAGUAUGGAACUAUUUUGUGUGCCUA